AGGACACUAGUUGAGCCGCAUCGACAUGCCGGUACCUAAAAACCCAUGUUCAGAAUGCAAAAGCAAACAUCUCAAAUGCGCCGGCGAUGAGGCUGUAUGUACACGAUGUCUCAAGAAAGGGCUAGAGUGUGUCCGAUUGGGACGGAACCGGCAGUUCAGAGAUGGCUCUUCGGCAAAAUACGACGCCAAGUUCUCAGGGUCGCAGAACUGGGUGAACAGUAGUGCCAAAGAGUUUCGUCUUCAAACAAGUUCGCGACGCGCAACACAGCGAAUCGCUCUAGCAGAGGAGGGUUCGUCAUCAGCGACAAACGCUGCAAGCCGCCCAACUAUGAAUAGUGACGAAACAUCUGGCGGGGCCCUUGGCUUUGCACUGGAGGAUUCAACAUAUUUCGACUCGACAGUUCCAACAAGUCUAUCCCCUUCCCGUGGCGGACAUCCGCAAGCUGCAGGCCUGCCAACAUUCGAAACUCAACCUUCGCAACAUCCACUAGCACUAUCUCAGCGUGGGCCUUCUUGGGGUGGCUUACUCCAUGCCCUUGAACCACCGCAUCAACGAGACUUGCCAUUGGAGGGUGUUCAAGAAGCGUGUCUCUUACGAUACUUUAUCGAGGAGUUAUCACAUUGGUUCGAUCUAGUUGACCCUCAACGGCGGUACCAGCUCAUCGUUCCCGAGAGAGCCCGGCGGUAUCCCCCUUUGCUCAAUGCCAUCUUGGCAAUGUCGGCACGGCAUUUAUGCCGCGUGGAAAAGUAUAAAACAUCCCGAGGAAUCGUAUAUCGCGGCCAACCUUUACCGAAUCUCAGUUCACAUUCUGCAGUUGAGUACAUGCUUAAGUGCAUCCCCGUCCUGAAAGACUUUCAUACCACACAGGAUGGGGAAACUCGAGAGUUAAUCGUCACAACAGCCGUGAUUCUGCGGCAUUUCGAAGAGCUGGAUGAUGAAGACGAAGAUCCCGCUCUCGAUACUCGCCCUGACGAAGGUGUAAAUUUCCUCGCUAUCUUGAACGCUGUUUUACGAAGUCUCACCUCGGAUGAUCUUAUUAACCGUCGAGAACUCCUUAUUGCUUCUUACUGGGUUGCUUUACGUCAAGAAGUCUACUAUGCACUUCGGAAAGGGUAUCCAGCUCAGAUGGUAGAGCCACCUGCUAAGUGGUCAGAUAUAUCGCCAGCGAACAGAAUUGUCUUUCAUACGAGCCAAGUCACAAAAUGGCUGUUUGACGAUAAGUCUGAGAGUGGAUGGCACAAGCUGAAAGAACAGGAGGAAUAUCUCGAUCAAUAUGUGACCGGCCGCUUUGAGCCCAUUCUAUAUCGGCCACCAGAUCGUGUCUUAGGAGAAGUCUUUCCUACCAUGUGGUAUGCUUCACCAAUCGCCCUCACGGGUAUGCAGCACAUGAUGAUAGCAAAGAUGAUCCUAACUGCAGAGUCACCUCUCCUCUCGCAAGCCGAGGAUGUCCGCGCCGCAUACCGCAAAGCUGAAGGCGAAGUGCGAAGCCUAGUCCUCCAAGUCUGUGGUACAGCCGUCCAACAUCCCGAUACCCAACCAGGUCUCGUGAACGCCAUCUUGGCUAUCCAGAUGUAUGGGAGUUACUUCACUGAUCCAUGGGAACAAGAGGCACUCAAGAAAACGGUUCAGAUGUUUAAGGAUUGUCAGGCUUGGCCGUUGCCUAAAGCUUUAAGAGAACGGUAUUAUAAAUCAUAGCGGGUUUUCUGGGAUCAGAUUGAGUCUCAUUGGUUCAAGAGAAGAAGUCAUGUUGUAUUCGCUGAUACUCUCCUGCAUGCCGUGUUGUGUUGAUACACACUUUCGGAGUUUCGGAGGGAAGGGCUUCGGCCAACCAUCUUACACCGUUUAUUGGUCGCCUCUGACACGCUGCGUCCUCAUUGCAACUCUUUCCAAUAGUGAAAGGAUGCAUCCAGCUUAUAUGCAGUCAACUC